GGUUAGUUUGAAGGAAAACGUUGCGCGGUUCGGAAUCAUACGGUGACGGAGUUAGUUCUUUUGCUUGAUUUCAGAAAGAAUAUUUUCUUUGGAUGCGGGAACCCGUGUGCGUGUGGUUAAUCUGAAAAGCUAACAGCAUCUUUCUGAUAAAAAUAUAAAUUUUAUCAGCUCGUGGAAGGAUUCAGUGUUAGUGAAGGAUUGCAGAAAAUCGGCAAACAAAAACCCACUUUACCACGAGGUCGAUUUAACCUUUGGCAUUGUGCAUUCAGUGAGGGCUGAUAGAUAAAUCUCAACGAGUGAAGAUUGUGAUUUACCUGUUUCCAGUAAUAAUUACAUCUGCCAAUCGUGUGGAUCUUAGGUGCUGUGUAGAAUAUUGGAAUAAAAUCGUGCCUAUGAAUUAAUUGCAGGCAGGAUUGGCCGGAUUCUAGAUGUCUGGAAUCGCGUAUGCCUAGCCGGUAAAAAUAAUAAGAGGAGAAGCAACAAGCCGUGGGAAUAGUGAAAGAUUAUAUCCCAUCCGCUCUCUCUUUCGCAUCUAAAAAGUGUUCAACAAAUGCACAGUGCCGGUCAUUUUUAUUUGUACACAAAGGGAAAAAACUACGGUUUAGAUCGUUAAAGUUGUGUCCGAAUUGUAUAAGCGAAGAAACUCGGUCGCAACUGGAAGAAAUAUGUCCCAGUGAACAAAAGAAAGGAAAAGAUAAAAAAAAACUAGUGCGUAACUAUCAAGGUGUGAUUAUCGUGAUGAUUUCCUGAUAACAAAUUUGCCAUGUUGCAAAAAUCAAAAUAAUCCAAGAAGAGAAUUGGUGCCAGUGUUUUAAGUGCUGCACUACCCAUAUGCAUUUAAGUAAUGAAGUGCAACAAUAAACGGUUUUUAUAAUCUGCCCUCUACACUGCCGGAUUUAUUACUACUUUUCUACUACAACUACUACUACUGCUUUCCAACACAGCGGCUUACUGAUCAGCCUGAUCCUUCGUGCUAAUCCCGAAGGACGCAGCGAAGAAGAUACAGAAAAGGUGCCCGGCACAAUGAAUAGGAUAUACCUUUUCACCACGUUAUGCAUUGCAUCGAUGUUUCUCAUUAACCAGAUCGAAGGCACUGGACUGUUUGAGCUAAAGCUCAAGUACUUCAAAAACGAACGGGGAGUGGAUAAUGAGGGUGCCUGCUGCUCCGGAAGGUCCGAUUCCAAUGGCAACUGUAUCGGGGCGUGCAAAACCAGAUUUCGUGCGUGCUUAAAGCACUACCAAGCCAAAAUUGAUACCUCAUCGCCAUGCACGUUCGGUGAUGUUAUUACGCCGGUUCUGGAAGGAAAUUCAUUAAAUCUCACCGAAAAGAGUUGGCAAGAAGGAUUCGAGAAUCCGAUUCGCUUCCCGUUCGAGUUUGUCUGGCCGGGAACCUUUACGCUUAUUGUGGAAGCUUGGUUGGAUACGAACGAAACGACAACGAGAUCACCUGGAAUCCUGAUCUCGCGGCUGUCGAUCCAACGAGUGCUCGACGUUAAGCCGGAGUGGACCGAGGACAGCCACAACUCAACCCACACAUCGAUUCAGUACGCAUUUCGAGUCACCUGCGAUCCGUCCUAUUACGGAUCUGGAUGUGCGAACCUGUGCCGGAAACGUGACGAUCAGUUUGGCCACUACACUUGCUCGCCGACCGGCGAAAGAGUGUGUCUGGCUGGAUGGAAAGGCGACUACUGCACGACCCCUCGCUGCACUCCCGGAUGUGAUGAACAGCACGGCCACUGCAACAAACCCAACGAAUGCAUUUGUCAAUCCGGCUGGAAGGGAGCGUUUUGCAACGAGUGCGAACCCUAUCCCGGUUGUAUCCACGGAACGUGCAAGAAGCCCUGGGAGUGUCUGUGCAACGAAGGCUGGGGAGGGUUGUUCUGCAAUCAGGAUCUGAAUUUUUGCACUAAUCACAAACCCUGCCAGAACGGGGGAACCUGCUUCAAUACCGGCCAGGGGUCGUACACUUGCAAGUGCCCACCGGGAUUCACCGGAACCGAAUGCGAGACCCGAAUCAGUAACUGCUCGGCGGAACCCUGUUUGAAUGGUGGCCAGUGUCGGAAUAGCCUGGACACUAGCGGGUACCGUUGCGAUUGUCCCAAGGGCUGGAUCGGGGAGCACUGCGAGAAAGAAACUACCACGUGUGCCGAGAAACCGUGUUUGCAUGGAACGUGCAGGGAUACGAAUGUGGGGUUUAAGUGUGAGUGUCCGGCUGGAUAUAGUGGAACGGCGUGUGAAGUUCAAGUUGAUGAAUGUAACCCGAAUCCAUGCGUAAACGGUGGAUCCUGUGUGAAUCGCGGCGAUUCGUUCAAAUGCCAAUGCUUGAGUGGCUACGGAGGUUCGAAAUGCGAAAACAACAUCGACGACUGCCAAGGAAAUCCAUGCCUAAACGGUGGUUCAUGCGUAGAUAUGGUGAAUCAGUUCCGGUGUCAGUGCAUUCCUGGAUUUAUUGGAUCGUUGUGCGAGAACAAAGUAGAUCUUUGCUUGACGAAACCUUGCGCUAAUGGUGGAGCAUGUACCAACUUGAACAAUGACUACCGAUGCAAGUGUCGGCCAGGAUUUACCGGCAAAGACUGCAGCAUAGAUGUUGACGAAUGCAGCUCGUCUCCAUGCAAAAACGGCGGAACAUGCGUCAAUCGUGUAAACAGCUUCCAGUGUGUUUGCGCCGGAGGAUUCCGUGGAUCAACUUGUGAGGAUGAAGCUCUUUCAGCCAGCUGGGGAGACUCGCCAACUGGUAGCAUUUCGGCUCACAUGGCUAGUAGUCACCAUGAGGCGCAAAGUGGUCGUAGCGAUGGACUGAGCAGUGGACAAAUAGUUUUGAUUGCCAUAUUUUCAGUUGCAACGCCAUUGGCAGCGUUCAUCGCUACCGCCGUUGUGAUUUGCAUGAAACGCAAACGAAGGAGGGAACAAGAAAAAGACGACGCCGAAGCCAGGAAACAGAAUGAACAAAACGCCUCCCACAUGACGCAUCAUCAUCACAGUUCAAUCACUUCUCCCAAACGGAGCAGUAACGGUGCGCUAUCGAAUCUAGACACAUCGCACCACAUGAUCAAAAACACCUGGGACAAGAGCAUCAACAACAUGUCUACUUCAGCAAGUUUGGAUGAUGGUUGUCUCAUGAACAGCACCUUAUAUGGUACCGGAUACACUGAAGCUAAUGCUGCCGGUAGUGAGCAAUGCUAUCAGGCUGCUGCCAUCUCCACCACCCUACAACGUGCCAAAUCGCAGAAGCAGUUAAAUACUGAUCCCAUGGUGAUGCAUCGGGCGUCUCAGCUAAUCAGCAGCGGAGGAGGACCUUCUUCGAAUGUUGCCGGUGGUGUUGGGUCUUCCGUUUCAGCUACCACAUCCUCGGCGGUAGUGACCAGUUCGACCACCAGUAGCAUGCCAUCAUCCAAAGAUAUGCUGCUCGACAAACGGAUAUCAGUGCUGUCCGAUGCGCCCAGUCUGUGCAACUCCCGGUGGAGCGCUGCCCCCACAAACCGACAGAUUGUUGGCCCAUGCAGUCCGCCGCAUGUGUAGGAUUUAAUGUAGAUUUUUUUAAAUUACGAACACUCCUUUUUAUGUAAAAGAUCUCUUUCAUUUUCGAUUAGUAGAAAAUACACUACCAAAGUGUAUUUUAAUAAUGUAAUGCAUUAAAUUAUUAUCCAUGAUUACGGUAUUUGAAAAAGCCUUAAAGUUUGUAACAAUUUGAAAUGACACAAGAGAGAAUUUUCGUUUAAGAACUGAUCAGAUAGGUAGUUUUUUUUCUAAAAAAAAAACCUGCACGCCAAAACAAAUUGAAUAAAAUGAUAAGUUUAACUUUUGCCAGAAAUAGAUCAUUGAGCAUACAAAAAAGCUGAAAUUGUAAAUGAUGAAUUUUCCAAUGACAAUUUCUUUAUAAGUAAUAAAAAAUCAGUCUAUAUUUUAUACCAUACAAUUACUUUUGAUCAAUCAAUUACAACUUUAUGAAAUAGCAUUUUGGAACAAAUACAAAAAAAACAAAAGAGCCUCGCCAAAUUCGAUUUCCGCAUCGGAAUGGGAUAUCGAAAAUAGUCCCGUUAUAGUUGAACUGCUUUAAUUUGUUUAUCAAAAUAUCAACAAUGAUCCGUUACAAGGCCAGUUCUAACAUUAAUGUUUAGAAAAGUGAAUUUGUUUCCUUUGGCAGCAAAUUGAAGAAAACGCUUUCUAAGCGCAUUUGUAAAUACGCAGCUGUACAUUAUACCUUCUUUGUCGCAUUCUCUCUACCUUUUUAAAUAAAACUUAAAUAACAUAGUCUUUAUUGUUUACAAUACGAAUGAUUUUUUGUAGAAUAUUUAUAAAUUGAGCCCCGUGUACAUACUAACAAUGACUGAAAGGAAAUAGUAUCCGGACGAGCGUUUCUCCAUAGCCAUACCCGUAUUCUUCAAUGCUGUCUUCCAACUGAGAUACAUUGGAGGACAUUUUCUUUCAGCGUGGCUGAAACAUUUCUUGGUAACUGUUUAUUCACGUGCAUCUAUACUGUAAAAUUCCAGCACAUCAAUAAGUCAUAUCUGCAAAUAAUUGUUAUCACAAAACCCAUUCAUAUCAUGCAAUCUUCCAAAUUGUAAGCGUUUUGAUUUUUUUUUAAAGAAACAAGUCUCUAACCAUUGCCACCCACAGAAUUGAAUCCUAAUAAACGUGUAACCAUAAAAUAUAACAAAUACUGAGUUCUGCUAUGCAGGAUUCCUAAUAUUUAAACAAUAAUAAUAAUUUAUUUCAAAUCGCUGGUGGAAUCAUUUCAGAACACUAAAGAUAAAAUUAUUCAAAUAUCAAAAGAAAUUGUAAAUGUUUCGGUUUGACAUCAUUUGAUUAAACGCAAAUUGUUUCGGUCUUUUAAAGAAAAUUGCAUAUCAACCAAAAAUAUAUUUGUCGACUCAUAACAGAAACGUUAGAAAAUAUUACCAACUAUUUAAAAAAAAAGAUCUCUUCAAAUGGACAAAUCUGACACGUUCCACUGGAAAGCAAAACGAAAAUAAAUUCAUAGCGUUACUCAAUCAUCCAAACAAGUAAUCAAUUCCACACCCUAGGGCCAGUCAUAUCAGAUCGUCUAACAAUCAUUAAAAGUGAUUGUUCACACUAACUACAUACUCACUUUCAU